GAUCUGGACAAUGAUCACAGAGCCAGAUUGGAUUAGUGAAACCUAUUUACCAGAAGUUCAGAGCACUUGCAUGAAGCUGGAAGGCAGGCAGCGGAGAGAGGCGGAAAAUGCAUCAGAUUUACAGCUGCAGCGAUGAAAAUUUAGAAGUUUUCACCACCGUGAUUUCAUCGAAAUCGUGUAGUCCUGCCCGAAGACGAGUCAAAACUCCACAGCACAUCCUAGCGAAGAGCGUGAUAGCAGUAGCUGAUUGCCGGCCCCACCGGACAGAGCAGCCGCAGCCCCACCACGGCGACCUCCUCCACGUGCUGUAUGGAGAGGACGAGGCGCGGGGCCUGGGCCGCCUGCAGCAGGGCCCCUGCCUGCCCAAGGGCACCGCCAAGCGCAUGGGAAUUUGUGAAGAAGAGUCAUCCAAGUCCUGCAAUCACCAGUCAGAGAGAAAAUCUUCACAGUUUCCAGCAUCCUCGGUCGCCCAGACCGCAGUGAAACAGGCGGCUGCCGCCGAGGCCCCCGCAGACGACGGCGCCUUCACGGAAGACCACAGACAGCGCUCGAGGAAGACCACAGACUACGAGCUGAGCCUGCCUCCCGGAGCAGAAGCUUCUCUCCCUCUGACCGGGGGCACCCUGUGUGGGACACCCAGCCUCCUGAGGAAGAUGCUGAUGAAGCACAAGAAGAAGCCAGAGUAUCUGGGGGCAACAAACAGUGCCUUCGAGGCAGACUGACGAGUCCCAGCGCUGCUUGCAAAGACAGGAAUUGCUUUAGCCAGAACAAGAUGCUUUAGGAUCCGUGGGGAAGCCACACAGCACAGCUCAUCUGGGGAAAUGAUAUCACGGUUAUGACUUGAUGCCAUUAUCUCAGAGAGAUAGGAGAAAGGAUAACUAAGGUAAAAAAACAGCGAAUGUGAUAUGACUCACUGGCUUUCUUUGUUGUGACAUACUAGAAUCCCAAAUAUUCCAAUAGAUUUAUGUCUUGACUCGAUGCUGAAACUUUGGCUGAUUCAUUCACCAUUUUACCUGUCCUUAGUCAGCUCAGACUCAUUAAAAAAAAAAAACUACCAAGAAGUUUGUGUGCUUCUGCAACAUCAAUUACAGAGUGCCAUUAAAUCUCAGGGGUUUCUUUAUUCUGCACCACUGCUUGUCCUUUCCCCUUCUCACACCCUUUCCUCUGAAGUGCGAGUUAAAAACUGCAUCUUAUGAAAUGCUUGGUUGACUGACAUACGCUGAACAUCUUCCUCCUUCAGUUUUGAUGCUUCAAGACAGGAGUGAACGGAUGCAAAUUCUUUUUUAAAGAAUUUUUUAAAAGAAUGGUUGAGUCAGAACAUAGCAAAUUUGCAAAUAUACAUUUACCAAAUUCUGCUGACAGAUGAUUAGUGUUUUAAAGUGUCCUGCCAGAUCAAACUGUAUGAGCAACUGAGGAGAUGCUUUCUUCUAUAGGCCCUGAUUUUAUGUUAAUAGUCAACAACAUUCUGUCUGCGGGUGUGAGAGAAUAUYUCACCAAGCGCACAAGGUGCUAGAGAGGAGACACAUAAAUGGUGUGACUGYGUAUAGGAGACCUGAGCUUAUCAGCUGAUAAGUUUAAUGA